AUGGCACAGCUGAGUGUUUCACCACGCAGAUCAACUUUGAUUCAUUGUGGCCCUCCAAAACGAUUUCGUCUAAACACAGUGAGAAAAGUACUUGAUGAUCAUGGAAAAGUCAGAAAAUGGACAUAUGGGAACAAAGACUCCAGUAAACAAAACAAAAUUGUUCUGUUGGUGGGAGAGACCGGUGCUGGCAAGACGACUCUCAUCAACACCAUGGUCAACUACUUACUGGGAGUGAAGUUUGAGGAUGAACUAUGGUAUGAAAUCACAGAAGAAGAAGAAGCAGGAGACCAAUCAGAAUCACAAACAUCUGAAAUCACCAUGUAUGAGCUCUUUCCUGAGAGUCCUCACCAUCUCACCAUCAUUGAUACUCCAGGUUACGGAGACACUAGAGGACUGGAAAAAGAUCUGGAAGUUGCUGAGAAUUUAUCCACUCUGUUUCAGAGCAAUGAUGGAGUUCGUGAGAUUGAUGCAGUGUGUUUUGUGAUUCAAGCAUCUAAGAAUCGUCUCUCAGACAGACAGCAUUAUAUCAUCAGUUCAAUUCUGUCUUUGUUUGGAAAAGACAUCGUGAACAACAUUGUAUUUUUAAUCACACACUCUGAUGGUCUGCCACCCAAAAACGUCAUCGGCGCCAUUAAUAAAGCCAGAAUCCCCUGCAGACGAGACUGCAGUAACCAACCUGUUCAUUUCUUAUUCAACAAUCGGCAGGCUGAAGCCCACCACAGUGAGAAACGUUACCUUCGUAAUCAAAGAGAUGCUUGGGAAAACAGCAUGGAAGAGACAAAGAAAUUUCUUCAGUCACUGGAAGGAAAGAACAGAAGAAGUUUGGAGUUGACUUCCAAUGUCCUGAUAGAGCGCAUUUAAAUAAUAAGAAACUUCAUUGAAUCAUUGUAUCAAGCUGUUUUAGUGUUUUUUUUAAGCAAGCCACUUCUAUCCAAUCUGUUUAUGAACUGUAAUAAUAACUAAUAUUUUGGGGUACUUGAUAGUAGUUUUAACAGAAAAUGUUGCAUUCAUGAACACUGCUGUUUACUCUUGUGUUAAUCCUUUUUUUUAAAUUUCUUUUAAAUUCCUUUGUUGUUUCCCUCAGAUUUGUCUGUCUUGAUGUCAACAUCAAAAUUCUUAUUGAAUAAAAUAACUAAAAUACAUACAAAAAUAUGACAUUCAUAACAUCUGCAUUUUCUUGACCAAGCUAGAAGAUCUUCUUAUCUUAGUGAAAAAUAAUUAGUCAAAGGUUUGUUUUUGUGAAUUGUGGGGACAUUCCAUAGGCGUGGUUUUGGUUGGAAAAAAAAAAAAAAAAAGU